AAACGUUAUUUCAAGUUUAGCGUUUCCUUAAACGUCUCUGAAAACAAGCUUCCAUUCAAGAAGCUCUGUUUCUAUAGCUUUGGUGAAGUGUACUCUCAUUUUCUCUUGGUUUUACAAACAGUUGCACUAAUAGUGGAAGUACGCCUUCAACGAGUUGUCCCAUCGUUUAACUCAACUCAGCUCUUGCAAGCUCCAAAAGGACAUUAUGUGGAACUGAAUUUCACCUUGAAGACUUCAUAUCCAACACCAUGCAUUAAUGACAUGUACCUUGAGGUUCGCGAUGGAUAUAACGAGUCUUCUAAUCUCCUCGGUGUAUUUUGUGGGAGGAAUAUUUCUAGUACUGUGCGAUCCAGUGGACAGAACUUGUGGUUGAGAAAAUCAGAUAAAUUCAAUCACGAGUGGUUCCAUAACAAUUUCAGCGGUUCAUACAAUAACAAAACAGCUAAUACAACAGGCAAGUAUUGACUAACUGAAUUUUUAAUAAGCCACUGAAAGACAGUGCAUAUUUUGAGAGUUUUAACUUGAUGAAAGGAAAAUGGCCAUAGCUAAUGCUUCUUGUACUCAACUGCUUUUGUAAUUGCUAAGAAUUCUUUUUUUUUCCAGUCAAACCCAAUCUUGAUAAAGUGGUCGAGACUCAGUUCGUUCUUUUCAAUCAUUCCUCAUCUCUUUGGUGUCCAGCACAAGGUGCACCGGCACCAGUCAUUGUUUGGAGAAAGAACGGCAUUCUGGUACAGAACAGUACAAGUGUACUAUAUCAGCUGAACAUUACUGGAGAAAACAAUGACAAUUACAGCUGUGAGGUGAACACACAGGAUGGUUUUGACAAGAAACGAAUCCAUCUUGUCAUCGAGAGUGAGUUUUAGUUACAAAAAUGUGACUCUUAAUCCAAUCAGACUAGGAGGGAAAUAUAUCGGAAAUUGCAGAGUUUCUAUACAUUGCUGGUAAAAUUAACAAAUCUUUACGCUUUUUAACCUGGCUUCGCACCUAAGAAGCUGACAUAAUAGUUUUGUUGAUCCAGCACUAAAUUCUCUUGCCUUACACUAGAUUGUUAUCGACUGUUACAGGGUAAUUCAGUAUUAUCAACUGAGUUGACAGCGUAAACUGGCCACCGUAAAGAGUUUGAAAGCGGACGAUUCGAGCGUUAGCCCCUCGUCAGAGCGACAGACACAGCACCACAGUUUCUUUAGAAACUAACCCCCUUUAGUAUUGAGUGUUCAUGAGACACCUUGAGGCUUUUUCAGAGGACUCAAAUGCACUCUUGCAGCAAUUCCGGCAAAAGAGAUUGACAGGUAUUCACUAACUUACAUCAACGAUACGAUCUCAACAGCAUAUCUUCUUUUUCUAGGGUGUCCAGAUCCCUGCCGGUGUACCACGGCAGAUGGAAUUAUGUGCGCAGUUACCCACAUUGAAUGCAAAGGAAAACAUUUACAGUCUGUUCCACGUCACUUGCCCUGUUCUACAGAGAAAUUGUAAGCAUAUCAGCUCUUCUUUUGUUUUGGAAGGGUGGGGGGGGGGACGGGAGGGGGGAGGAAUACACAACAACAAGAAAAGGCUUGAAACGUUUGACUUUAAUCAAGGAUACUGAUCCCCUAUUCAGGGAUUUGGAAGACAACCAGAUAGAGGAGCUCCCACCUGGAGUCUUCGAUAACAACACCAAGUUGGCCGUCUUGUAA